GUGCUAUGGUGAAAGGUGCCCCGGGUGUUGGAGAAGCGCUUCUUCGUGGCAAGAAGCUGAAGGAAUGUGUUAAGCUUCAGAAGCAAGACACAUCCUCAAAGCCGAGCAAGCCCUCAACCAAAGACGUUCCCUUGGAUACUGAAAUCGGUUGCGGCAACCUUACACUGCAGAUGCUCAUGAAACAGGAGAAGCUAUCCUAUCACGAUGCAGUGGCUGUCUUUCGGGCUUUUGAAGAUUCGCAACAGCCCAAAACCCCAGCACCAGCUGUGCUGUCGAAGGAUCCUGGUGUGAAGAGCAGGAAGGCCGAGCAGUCGCAGUCGCAUCCAAAGGCCAAGGAUGCUCCUCAGAAGUCUGCCAAGAAGCCAAAAAAGGAAGGGAAACCCAUCGGGAUCCUACGCAAGAAUGCGUGUGAUGAUUUGAGUCGGGUUUCUGGGGCCUCGACUACUCCGACUGAGAUUGAGGAAGCUGGCCCUAAGGUUACCUUCAGAAUCAAGUCGAAGCGACCUGCCGAGGAUGUGCCCGCCGAUGCUCCCCCGCCCAAGCGCAAACCCGUUCCUAGUGCGACCCUGGCUUUGACCAAUGGUGAUGAUGAGGAUGAACAGGGCCCCGGUGGGGUCGAUGAUGGUGAUGAUGUCUGGUGGAAUGAAGAGAAUGUUUGGCUGGAGUAUGACUUGUGGAGGAAAGGCUAUCCUCAGCUCUCGGAGAUGAGCCUUGCGGGGCCCACGAAGGAGGCUCCAAAGGAGGAGGCUCCUAUCAAAGACGAGGUGAAGGGUGAAGCCGAUUCCCAAGUGUCUGGUACUUCCUUCCUCGCCGCGCAAGACAUCAUCCGCGAGAAGCAGCGCCUGGCAGGACAUGCACAAUCCCCGGUUAGGAUGGACUCGAAUGUCAGUGAGAUUAUGAAAGAGCUCGGCCCAUCGGCCAGCCAGCUGGGACCGGAUGUGUCUGCACUGCUACAGAAAGUGCAGCAGCUUGAGAAAGAAAAGGAUGAGCUAAGGAGCCAGAUCAGUGCAAGCUCUAUUCCUGCAGAAAGGCCGCAUCGGCCCCAAGCAACGCCAGUUCGAGCUGAUAUUAAAGCCCCGGUCUUUGAAACUCCAAGCCCGAAGAAGACUGUUGAGUCCCUGCCCGGUUCGGGGAUCAGCACGACCAGUAGCCCAGACCACGAGAAGCCCAGUAUCCCAGACCGCGAGAAGCCCAGUAUCCCAGACCGCGAGAAGCCCAGUAUCCCAGACGGCGAGAAGCCCAGUAUCCCAGACCGCGAGAAGCCCAGUAUCCCAGACCGUGAGAAGCCCAGCAGUAUCCCAGACCGUGAGAAGCCCAACGCAAUCCCAGACUGUGUGUCGAACGGCUCAGUCUCAGUGCUUACCGAGACACAGCCAGAUCAUCCAGGUUCAGCUGUCGGCGACAGCGCAGGCAAUCAGCAGCGCAUCAUGAAGGACGGUCUACCUGAGAAGGUGAACUCUCAGACACACAGGAAGGAGUGGAUGAGGUUCGCUGCUUUGGACUUGUCCAACGGCCCAGAUGCCAUGAAUGAACUCUGCGCCCAGAUCCACGCCAAGGUUCACGAGCUGAAGCUGUGUCAGGGUCAAGCGAAAGGACUGCUCAAAGAGCUCGCCAAAUUGGGCUGA